AUGACUUUGAUAGCCAAAUCAAUAAACAUGACAUCUUGGUGUCGUCAUUGCACCCAGCUGAGAAAACCCUAUGGUACAGCAGCACUAAUGUCAAAGGAGGCAAAUAUUCCAAUGGUAUUUGCUAACUAUGACAUUAAUUAUAAUCCUGAUUUUGCACAGGAUAAAGGUGUAGUUGGAAUACCCAUUAUAAAGUAUUAUAAAAGAGGAAAAUUUAUUCUUAAUUACCAAGGAAAACGAACCAGUGAGGGCCUUUUUGAAUUUGCCAAAAACCCUUCAAUGAAGGUAGCUCCAUUAACAAAAAUUGAUUUUUGA